AUGGAGAUGCAAUCCUAUUAUGCCAAGCUCUUGGGGGAGUUGAAUGAGCAGCGCAAGAGGGACUUUUUCUGUGACUGCAGCAUCAUUGUGGAGGGGCGGAUCUUCAAGGCCCACAGGAACAUUUUAUUUGCCAACAGCGGCUACUUCCGAGCCCUGCUUAUUCACUAUAUCCAAGACAGUGGGCGGCACAGCACUGCCUCCUUGGAUAUUGUCACCUCCGAUGCCUUUUCCACCAUCUUAGACUUUCUUUAUUCUGGAAAGUUGGAUUUGUGUGGCGAGAAUGUAAUUGAAGUUAUGUCAGCUGCCAGCUACCUGCAGAUGAACGACGUGGUGAACUUCUGCAAGACGUACAUUAGGUCAUCCCUUGAUAUUUGCCGAAAGAUGGAGAAGGAGGCUGCUGUGGCUGCAGCGAUGGCAGCAGCAGCAGCAGCAGCUGCAGCAGCUGCUCAUCAGGUUGACAGUGGAAGCCCCAGUUCAGGCAGGGAAGUAACCUUCUAUGGUACUAAGAGCUUGGUCUCCUCUCCAGCCGAGGGAGAAGACAAUGUGGACUGUCCAAGAGAGUCCCCUUGCGGUGACUGUGGAGGCUGCCACCCCUUGGAACUGGUGGCAAAAGACAACCAGGGUGGUGGCUCAACUGACAGUAACCUCCCUAUUCUAUCCAAACGGAUAGAGCCCAAAGUGGAGUUUGAUGCUGAUGAAGUGGAGGUGGAGGUUGGUGAACAGCUGCAGCAGUAUGCUACCCCACUGAGCCUGGCUCAAAUGGAGGAAGGCUUGCCCAGUGGCCAGGCCGUUGACUUAGCUUAUAGUAACUACCACGUAAAGCAGUUCCUGGAGGCACUCUUGCGCAACAGUGCCGUCCAGAGCAAAGACGAUGCAGACCAUCACUUUUCUCCAACUUUGGAGGCAAGACCAGAUUGUGUGGGAGUAGCCAUGAGUUCCAUGAUGGAUGUCCAGACUGACUGGUAUGGAGAGGACUCAGGUGAUGUGUUGGUGGUCCCCAUCAAGCUCCACAAGUGUCCUUUCUGCCCUUACACUGCCAAACAGAAGGGCAUCCUUAAGCGGCACAUCCGCUCACACACAGGUGAGCGGCCCUACCCCUGUGAGACCUGUGGCAAGAGGUUCACUCGUCAGGAGCACCUGAGGAGUCACGCCCUGAGUGUCCAUAGAUCCAACCGUCCAAUCAUCUGCAAGGGCUGCAGAAGAACCUUCACGAGUCACUUGUCUCAGGGGCUACGGCGCUUUGGGCUCUGUGACAGCUGCACCUGUGUUACAGACGCACAUGACGAUGAUGACGACUUGAUGCCCAUCAACCUCAGCCUGGUGGAGGCUUCCUCUGAAAGCCAAGAGAAGAGCGACACAGACAAUGACUGGCCCAUCUGUGUGGAGUCUGGUGAGGAGAACGACCCUGCCAGAGAUGAUUCCAAUGACAAACCACAAAUUCGACCCAGCUUCUCAGAUCGAGAGGCGCUUACGUAG